AUGAAAUUGUCCUGUUACCAUCUGUACAGAAGAAGCCUUUUCCCAGCAGUGGGCAAUAGUAGCCCUACCGGGGCCACAUUAGACGUAGCGCAGGCGAGGGAGCUCAAAGCUCGCAAGGCCGCCGUAGCAGACGUGGCGCCCGCGCGUUUUGUGACCGCCCAGCGGUGCGGAAAUCACUCGCGCAUUGUGCCAGCCCUCGCGGCGAUAAUUUGCCCCGCAAGCCCGUGGGGCGCCGCGGCUGCCGUUGAAAGAAUGAUACAUCAUCACACCGACGAUAAAUCAAGCGUGAUUCAAUUAGAAAAAUACGGCGCGCUUUUGGCGGGAAACGGCGGGCGUUUGGCGGGAAACCAGCUUCGACCGACUCGCGGAUUCCUACCGCGCGCCGUUAAUUUGACGUUUCGUAUUGCGUCAUCAAUCAAACGCAAU